CCGCCUCUCUUAGAGCGGCAGUGCGGCGCAGGCCCGGCUCUUCGGCUUUCCCGGACCUUUUUCCUUGUCUUUUUCCCCUUCUUCCCAGCAUUCCCGUUUCCGCUUUCUCACGGCUCUUCUGUUUUUCCACCUCUGAGGCGCUUCGCGCCCAGGGGUUCAGUGACGUCAUCUUUCUGCGCUGCGCGGACACCCGCCGGUGAAGGAAGGAACGGCUCUGCCGCCCUUCGCUUCUUUUGUUGGGCUGCUCUUUCGGAGUCAUGGCGCCGUCGCUAUGGAAGGGGCUGGUGGGCAUCGGCCUCUUUGCCCUAGCCCACGCGGCCUUUUCCGCUGCGCAGCAUCGUUCUUAUAUGCGAUUAACAGAAAAGGAAGAUGAAUCACUGCCAAUAGAUAUAGUUCUUCAGACACUUCUGGCCUUUGCAGUUACCUGUUACGGUAUAGUUCAUAUUGCAGGGGAGUUUAAAGACAUGGAUGCCACUUCAGAACUAAAAAAUAAGACAUUUGACACACUAAGGAAUCACCCAUCAUUUUAUGUAUUUAAUCAUCGUGGUCGAGUACUGUUCCGGCCUUCGGAUACAACAAAUUCUUCAAACCAAGAUGCAUUGUCCUCUAACACAUCAUUGAAGUUACGAAAACUUGAAUCACUGCGUCGUUAAGAUUUUUACAAAUUAUAAUAACAGGACAGGACACAGAGCUGGAAUAUUGGAGUUUGGGGUACAAAACACUCCCCCAUCAGUAUUUAUAUUGAUCGCUCAGACCUAGUUAAAAAAGUCUACGGCCCUUAUUUGUACACUGUUAAUCAAGGCAUUAUUGCAGUAUAAGUUAUCUGUGAAGUGAGUCUUUGAUCUUUCAUAGAAUUCUUUUUUCAUUUAAAACAAAUCCACAUUUUUUGUAAAAGUCACUGUUUUGAGCACAUUUCUUUGAAAAAUGUUGAUGGUUUUGUAAUUAUUUAUUUUCUUAGAUUUCUUUUGCACUACAGUUUUUAGGAUCCUUUUGGAAAUGGUGUGACUACUGCAUUUUGCAGCAUGAAUGAUAGUAAAUGGUCUUAAGUUCGUAACAACAAAUGGACUUCUCUAAAGAGACCAAAAUGGUGACUUAUGAGUUUUUCUUAUGGCCCCUAAAAAGUGGCUCUGCUUCAGCAGAUACUUGCCAGUUUUUAAUUUAUCCGUGACUUCUCACCCUACCCCGCUCCCAUAUACCUCCUAACAUCAGCUGUCUUGUUUCAUCACUUCUCUGGGGUUCAAUGUGCAGUGAGCAAUUUUUGUGUCAGAAAUCCCCUGUCAUAACAAAUAGAUUUAACAAACUCAACUUACGUAAAGCUACCUGUGUUCUCUUCAUUUAUCUGUAAAAAGAUGUCCCUAAUUGAUUAUGUAGUGUAAGAAUAGUUGAAGAUAGACCAAAAAGACCAUCCGUGAAUUAAACAUCCUGCCUAUGUAGAGGAACAGUAAUCACUGAAGAAAACUGAUUAGUUGUUACUAGCCAGUUUAACUUAUUCAAAGCCUCUGUUAUUUUAUUGCAUACUAAACUAGUGAAUUAGUAAGGAUAAAGGAUAAAGGUAGAUUUCAACGGAAUUGGGCCAAAUAGGUUCUAAAUAUUUGGAACUAAUAUCUUUUAAUUUAAAAAUUAAGGUCAUAGCUUCCAUUUUGUAGCAAACUUAGAGUUUUCUGUCUUCAUUGUAUGUUGCUGAAGGUAAGGAUGAGGGUACAGACUAGAAUUUUUUUAGAAAUAGCAAUCUUAGGGAAAUUUGGCUAGCUGUUUGAUCUGCUGGAAGCUUAACAUUUCUUGGUAGAGAAGGUUGCUUUUGUUGAAUUGUAUGGGUGUAAAGGGAAUUUAAAUUUAAAAAGGAAAUGUGCUUUAGGCAAGAAUCAUAAGAUGCCCUUAUCCUUGAUGGCUUUUUUUCUGCUAGUAGUGAACCUCAGCUCUUCUGCCUGGUAACACACAGCCCAAAGUACAAGAUUAUUUUGUCAUUGGGUUUUUAAUCAUUGUUUAGUUUUGUUUUGCUAACCCAAUCUAUCUGUGGAACACUGACUCUGCUCUCUAAGGAGAACAAAGUUAGAAAUCUAAAAUAAUUUAGAAAUGAGUUUAAAAUGUGAAGUUGGGAGUUAAAGUGGUCGUAUAACUCAAAGUCGUGUACGAGAAACAAGCUCUUUCCAUCAUACCUGUCUACCGUUUCCUCAGGUAUGGAUUGAUUUGCAAGAGCCUCUUGUUUUCUUCUCUUUUGAGGCCUGUCUUCCUUUCCUAGUAUGUUUUUAUAAUAAAUUUAUUAAGAUAUAAAUCACAUACCUUACUAUUCACCUAUCUAAAGGGUACAAUUCAGUAGUUUUAUAAUAUAUUCACAAAGUCGUGCAACCAUGAUCACAGUCAAUUUGAGAAUGUUUUUGUCACCCCAGAAAGAAACCCUGUAUCCUUUAGUAGUUACCUGUCCUUUCCUCCCAAUAUCUCCCAACCCUGAGCAACCAAUCUCUCUGUCUGUAUAGGUUUGUCUCUUCUGGUCAUUUAAUAUGAUUGGAUUCCCAUAGUAUCUGAUCUUUGGUGGCUGGCUUCCCAAAUAUUGUUCAGUUCUAUGUAGAAUGAGAACUUCUCAUGUUAAAAACUAUGAAUUCUCUGAAAGGAGAUGGUUGGUACGAAUCAGUAGAUGUAAGGAGGGAAGUCAGAUUCCUAACAUGUUUCUCAGUCAAUCGGAUGCUGAAUAGGUUUUUUUCUCAGAACCAAGCAUUCAUGAUAUAUUAAUAUGAUUGUCUAGUCUCUAGAAUGUAUAUUGAAAUCUUUGCCUGCUCAGGAAAGUCUUGCUAAAAAUGAGGCCAAAUAAUAUGGCAAGUAAUUGACAUAGCGGACUUCAGUCAUGUCUAAUUUUGCUAGGAGCUUGUUUACCUCUGGUCAGGUGAGCUUCCCAAAUUUUUAAUUUCCUCCAGUGAAUUUAUGCUAUCUUUUAAAAGUAUGUACCAUAGGAUUGGGGUGAUUUGGAUGCAUCAUAACAGUGCUAAAUGGAUUAAGUUCAGAAGUUUUUUGUAAUGAUUUGAGGCAGUACUAAGGUAGCCAAAAAUAUAGUGAUGUGAGCAAAUUAAGCUUGCAGCUGACUAUGAUUUCAGUGACAUUCAGAAGUGUGUACUGUUGAAGGCUCUCUAGAAUAUAGGAAGGCUCACUUAAUCAGGGAAGCAGCUGAAUGCUAUGGCCUAGUGGCCCAGCUGCAGAAAAUGCAGGUUGGCGAAUUGGAGGCUGUGAAGCUCUGUAACUCCCUAAUGAUUGUUUCCUAAGCAUUGUGGCUUAUUUUGAGUGGCAUGACAGCAUCCCCCGGUUGUAUGUGGCCUGUUUCCAUGAUGUAUUGAGUAAUGUUGUUUGUUGUGAGCAUCAAUGCCUGUAACACCAAGCUAAACACAUUCUUUUGGAUAUGUUUCCUCUCUUUAAAUGAUCUUGCCCUGUCCAAUAAAUAAAUGAUUGUCUCA